AACUGUCGCACGCUGAUGACGCAGACAGUCGUGGUGCUCACGUCAUUUUCCAGUGCCUCUCGAAGAUAGCUCACACGUGUGGAAGGAAAAGUGAGAGCGCGGUUUCAAAAUGAGCGCGGACGUGGAGCGCAUGUUAAUCCAGUUUCAGGAUGAAGCUGGCGAGCCGCUCGGAUCUCCAUUCGAUGUUCCGCUCAACAUAACCCCGGAUAAGCUACAGCUGGUCUGUAAUGCGCUGUUACAAAAGGAAGAGCCGGUGCCACUGCUGUUCUUUGUGCACGAUGCUGAGGUGGUGUCGUCCCUGGGGACUUGUGUGCAGACUCUGGCCGUGGAAACCGAGCAGGUGCUGCCGGUGGUGUACCAGCCACAGGCCGUGUUCCGCGUGAGGGCUGUGGCUCGCUGCACCAGUUCGCUGGAGGGCCACACUGAGGCGGUCAUAUCUGUGGCCUUCAGUCCCACAGGGAAAUACCUUGCUAGUGGUUCUGGAGAUACGACCGUGAGAUUUUGGGAUCUGACCACUGAGACUCCUCAUCACACAGCCAAAGGACACAAACACUGGGUUCUGUCCAUCGCCUGGUCUCCAGAUGGCAAGAAGUUAGCGUCAGGGUGUAAGAACAGUCAGAUUUUCCUGUGGGACCCAGUGACAGGGCAGCAGAUGGGGAAGACUCUGACCGGACACACUAAAUGGAUCACUUGGCUGUGUUGGGAGCCGCUGCACCUGAACCCUGAGUGCCGGUACUUGGCCAGCUCGUCCAAAGAUGGCUCAGUUCGGAUAUGGGACACGGUGCUGGGACGCUGCGAUAAGAUCCUGACGGGCCACACACAAUCAGUGACCUGUGUUAAAUGGGGCGGAGAUGGCCUUUUGUACACUUCAUCCCAGGACAGGACUGUUAAAGUCUGGAGGGCCAAAGAUGGCGUUCAGUGCCGGACGUUGCAGGGUCAUGCUCACUGGGUGAACACGUUGGCCCUCAGCACAGAUUACGUCCUCCGUACAGGUGCCUUUGAGCCGGCCACUGCUACCAUCAACCCACAGGACCUCACUGGCUCAUUGGACGAAAUCAAAGAGAAAGCAUUGCAGCGAUAUACCAAAGUCAGAGGUGAUACCCCAGAGAGGCUGGUGUCAGGGUCUGAUGACUUUACACUGUUCCUGUGGAAUCCAGCAGAGGAGAAGAAACCUGUGGCUCGUAUGACUGGACACCAGGCUCUGGUCAACGAAGUGCUCUUUUCUCCCGACACACGCCUGCUCGCAAGCGCUUCUUUCGACAAGUCCAUCAAGAUCUGGGAUGGCAGGACUGGAAAGUAUUUAACGUCACUCCGGGGUCACGUGGCCGCUGUAUAUCAGGUGGCGUGGUCAGCAGACAGUCGUCUGUUGGUGAGCGGGAGCAGUGACAGCACACUGAAGGUGUGGGAUGUGAAGACGGGCAAACUGACCGUGGAUCUGCCUGGGCAUGCUGACGAGGUUUUCGCUGUAGAUUGGAGUCCUGAUGGCCAGCGAGUGGCCAGCGGUGGGAAAGACAAAUGUCUUCGAAUAUGGAGGAGGUAGCUGAUGCAUGUUCCUGCCCCCACCACUGUACAUUUACCAGCCAAUUCGGCAGGUGCCUCGGUGCACCCAACUUUAUCAUUAAAUGACGCACCCCUCAGGAUGAUUGACAGCUGUGUCAGUAUGAGCUUUAAACUUAUCACCCAGUGCGUACUCUGAGUCAGCUAAGAGAUCAUUUGCAGCCCAUACUGUCUGACGCCUGAGGAACAGAGAAGCAUGGUGUCUUCUUGGCUGUAGGACAUUUGUCAGCACUGUCAUUGUGUGACCUUAACACAACCAACAUGGUCUAAUUUCUGUUUUCCAAUGACAGCGUGUUCUAUUCAGAGACCUUCUUAUUAAAUAACUAGUAUAAAGAAUUUUUAAAGAACA